UCGUCAUUCCUCAUCUCAUGUUAAGUAGUUACACACACAGGAAUUUGAAUUCCUCUCGUCAAACUCCUCAUUCCCUCUUCUCAUCAAAUAUAAGAUAAAUCCUCUGCUUUCAGAAUUAUUAUCGCGUUUCCAGAAAUCGAUUCAUUCAAAGGCACUCUGAGAUUCUGCGAAGAUGAAUGAUCUGAUGACAAAAUCCUUUGUUAAUUACGUAGAAUUGAAAAAACAAGCAAUGAAAGAUCUUGAAACUGGUCCUGACAUUGAGAUUGGUCGACUCGGUCCUACUGAUGAAGAAAAUCUCUCUCAAUUCUUUGAAGAAGUUAGCAUAAUCAAGAAAGAAAUGGAAGACGUCACAAACUUGCUUAUUGAUCUUCAGGAUUUGAACGAAGAGACAAAAUCGACACACAGUGUUAAGGUUUUACGCGGGUUAAGAGAUCGAAUGGAUUCAGACAUGGUUGCGGUUCUUCGAAAGGCGAAAAUCAUUAAAGCAAGGUUAGAAUCGCUUGACAAAUCUAAUGUGACUAAUCGGGAGAUUUCUCUGAUGUAUACAGAAGGGAGUCCAGUUGAUAGGACUCGAAUUUCAGUCACAAAUGGGUUAAUAAUUAAAUUGAGAGAUUUGAUGAAUGAUUUUAAGACAUUGAGGGAAAAAAUUGUGUUAGAACAUAAAGAAGGUUUGAAAAGGAGGUAUUUCAAUGCCACAGGUGAAAACCCAAGUGAUGAAGUGAUAGAUAAGAUGAUUAAAGAAGAUGGACAGGUUGAGAUUUUCGCAGGGAAAGCAGAAAAGGAUUUGGAGAAUCUAGAGAGGCAAAAAGCUGUCAAGGGGAUACAGAGAAGUUUAAUGGAGUUGCACCAAGUUUUUCUUGAUAUGGCAGUUUUGGUUGACGGCCAAGGGGAGCAGAUGGACAAUAUCGAAAUGAAUGUUGCGCGUGGCCGGGAAAUGAUAAACGGUGGUACUGAUCAGCUUUCAGUGGCUGAUUCGAUGAAAAAGAGGGACAGGAAGAGUUAUAUCUUGUAUGGAGUUUGGUUUUUAGUCAUUUUGUUGAUUUUGAUAGGGUUGGUAUCAAAAUCUAAGAAGAAUUAAAGUAGUAGAAGUAGCAUUAGUAAUUCAUUAUCAAUGUGAACCAUUUUUAGGUUGUAUUCCUUCAUCUUUUAAA